AUGUCGGCCAUCCCCGAGGCGCUGGGCCGCCCGCGGAGCAGCUCCUCCCGUAGCCUGGCCGGGACGCUGGAGGCCACCCUGGGCAUGGGGACGUUGGAGAUGGACAAGGAGGAGAUGCGCAUCCUCAAGGUCUGCUUCUACAGCAACAGCUUCAAUAUGGGCAAGAACUUCAAGCUGGUGAAGUGCCCCGUGACAACGGAGAUCCGGGAGGUGAUCAGGUCCAUCCUGGUGAGCGGCCGCAUCGGGCCCGACAUCAAGCUGGCCGAGUGCUACGGGCUCCGCCUGAAGCACGUGAAGUCGGAUGAGAUCCACUGGCUGCACCCGGACCUGACGGUGGGCGAAGUGCAGGAGAAGUACGAGUGCCUGCACCUGGAAGCCGAAUGGAGGUACGAUCUCCAAAUCCGCUAUCUGCCGGAGGAUUUCAUGGAGUGUUUCAAAGAGGACAGGACCACCUUGCUCUACUUCUACCAGCAGCUCCGGAGCGAGUACAUGCAGAAUUACGCCAGCAAGGUGAGCGAAGGCAUGGCCCUGCAGCUGGGCUGCCUGGAGCUCAGGAGGUUUUAUAAGGACAUGCCUCACAACGCGCUGGACAAGAAGUCCAACUUCGAGUUCCUGGAGAAGGAGGUGGGUCUGGACCUCUUCUUCCCCAGCCAGAUGCAGGAGAACCUGAAGCCCAAGCAGUUUCGGAAGAUGAUCCAGCAGACCUUCCAGCAGUACGCGCUGCUGCGGGAGGAGGAGUGCAUCCUCAAGUUCUUCCACACCCUCGCCACCUUCGCCAACAUCGACCAGGAGACCUACCGCUGCGAGCUCAUCCAAGGGUGGAACAUCACGGUGGACCUGGUCAUCGGACCCAAGGGCAUCCGGCAGAUGACGAGCAAGGAGGCCAAGCCCACGUGCUUGGCCGAAUUCAAGCACAUCAAGUCCAUCAAGUGCUCCAGCGUGGAGGAUGGCCGGGCUGUGCUGCAGCUGGGGCUCAGCGGCACCCCCCAGUCCCUGGCUAUCAAGACAGCUUCUCUGGCCGAGGCGGAGAACAUGGCCGACCUCAUCGAUGGCUACUGCCGGCUGCAAGGGGACUUGGAAACCUCCCUCAUCGUCUUCCCCAGGAGAGGUGAGCGCCCUGGGGGGCACCGACCCCCUUCUCCGCACCUGGAGGAGAGGCAGUCCGUGCUGUCGGACAGCGUGAGCGUGGACUCCGAUAUUUAUGCUGAAAUCCCUGAUGAGUCUUCAAGACCGAGGUCUGGAGCCCAGCACUACGGGAUCUCCCGGGAGGACGUCACAUUGGGCAGGAUCCUCGGAGAAGGCUUUUUCGGAGAGGUCUUUGAGGGGAUCUACACCACCCCGAAAGGGGAGCGGGUCAAUGUGGCUGUGAAGACCUGCAAGAAGGACUGCAGCCCGGAGAACAAGGACAAGUUCCUGAGCGAAGCAGUGCUGAUGAAGAAGCUGGACCACCCCCAUAUUGUGAAGCUCAUCGGCAUCGCAGAAGAGGAGCCCACCUGGAUCAUCAUGGAGCUCUGUCCCUACGGAGAGCUGGGGCAAUACCUGGAGCAGAACAAGCACUGCCUCGCCGUGCCCACGCUCAUCCUCUACGCGCUGCAGAUCAGCAAAGCCCUGGCUUACCUGGAGGCCAUCAACUGCGUGCACAGGGAUAUUGCCGUGAGGAACGUCCUGGUGGCCUCCCCAGAGUGCGUGAAGCUGGGAGACUUUGGGCUCUCCAGGUACAUCGAGGACGAGGAGUACUAUAAAGCGUCCAUCACCCGUCUCCCCAUCAAGUGGAUGUCACCCGAGUCCAUCAACUUUCGCCGCUUCACGACGGCCAGCGACGUCUGGAUGUUUGCUGUGUGCAUGUGGGAGAUCCUGAGCUACGGCAAGCAGCCCUUCUUCUGGCUGGAGAACAAGGACGUGAUCGGGGUGUUGGAGAGGGGCGACCGCCUGCCCAAGCCCGAUCUCUGCCCUCCCAUCCUCUACACCCUCAUGACACGUUGCUGGAACUACGACCCCAGCGAAAGGCCCAAGUUCAAGGACUUGGUUUGCAGCUUGAGUGACAUUUACCUGACGGAGAAGGAGCUGGCCAAGGAGCAGGAGAGGAACAACCGCCACCGGCCUCCCAAAAUCAUGGAGCCGCCGUCCUUCCAGGAGCCACCUCCGAAGCCCAGCAGACCCAGGUACAAGCCACCACCCCAGAGCAACCUCCUGGCUCCCAAGCUGCAGUUCCAGGUGCCCGAGGGUCUGUGUGCCAGCUCGCCUACGCUCACCAACCCCAUCGAGUACCAGUCUCCGGCCAACUCCCUGCACACCCCGCCGCUCAACCGCCACAAUGUCUUCAAGCGCCACAGCAUGAGGGAGGAAGAUUUCCUCCGUCCCAACAGCAGGGAGGAGGCGCAGAAGCUCUGGGAAAUGGAGAGGCUCAAGAUCCGGCAGGUCCUGGACAAGCAGCAGAAGCAGAUGGCGGAGGACUACCAGUGGCUGCGGCAGGAGGAGCAAUCCCUGGACCCGAUGGUGUUUAUGAACAACAACGCUCCUCCGCUGCUCCCAGAGAAGGAGACGGAUUACACGGAGUUCACAGGGCCCCCCCAGAAGCCUCCAAGACUUGGGGCGCAGUCCAUCCACCCGGCCCCCACCGCCAACCUGGACCGCACAGAUGACAUGGUGUACAGCAACGUCAUGGACCUGGUGCGGGCCGUGCUGCAGCUGAAGAAUGAGAUCAGCCUCCUGCCCCCGGAGGGGUACAUCCUCAUGGUGAAGAACGUGGGCCUGUCCCUGCGGAAGCUGAUCGGCAGCGUCGAUGAGAUCCUGCCCGUCCUGCCCGCCGCCUCCCGCACCGAGAUCGAGGGGACCCAGAAGCUGCUCAACAAGGACUUGGCCGACCUCAUCAACAAGAUGCGCCUGGCGCAGCAGAACGCCGUCACCUCGCUGAGCGAAGAGUGCAAGCGGCAGAUGCUGAUGGCCUCCCACACCCUGGCCGUGGAUGCCAAGAACCUCCUGGAUGCCGUGGACCAAGCCAAGGUCCAGGCCAACCUCGUGAAGCUGUCCGUGGAGUGA